GCAGAGCCGUAUCAACCGUCGCCGGACGACACCAUUACCACCAUCCUCGCAGAUAUCCUCCGGUAGGCCCGCCUUUGUCAGCUACCCCGGCCCCAUAAGCGUCAAGAUGCAGCCCAAGAUGACCGUCUUAUGCACAUUACUCACGUUUGUAGUCGUGGUUGCAGUUUCGAGUCUCACAGCCGAAGCAAUACCGCAUAGCCAUGAAAGUUAUUGGGAUCAGCAGGAUGAUUUGGACCGAGAUGAGUUUUUAGAGAUACUCUCUCGCCUUAGUCGCACUGUCAUGAGCCGCCCUGAGAUGGAAAACUCCAAACGAGGAUUGGAUCUGGGUCUCAGUCGUGGCUUCAGCGGUUCUCAGGCGGCGAAACACUUGAUGGGGCUCGCGGCGGCGAACUACGCCGGCGGUCCCGGACGAAGGCGUCGCUCGGAACAGGCGUAGAUCGUAGACACGAUCGCUGAUGCAGAGAGAUUACUAUACAACACGUAAUAACGUCACUCCCGACUUCGAUCCUUCCACUUUGUCUCUACCUCGAGCUUAAACCACCGAUCUCAGAAUCGUCCGUUGCCAGUGGCGUAACUAAGUGCACUCAAGCGAUUAAUUAAUUACUCCUCCUUUGUCAAAUAAACUUUUAGAAUAAUACACCUCCUCCUAAGCGCAAGUAGCAUAAGUUCCCUACUAAUUAAAAAGAAAUUACGAUUAUAGAUACGAUUAUUGUUAAUCGAUGUUGAUAAACUUGAUCGAUUUUACAUUCUUCCCCCCCCCCCGUUUGGUCCUCGCACUUAAAACUUUGCACGCAAAACUCUGCCUUCUUGUAGUUGCACCACUGGCAGUUCGCAAGUGCGUUGCUAAAUUACUCUUUAUUUUCGUAGCGUUUCGAUACAAGCGGAUAAUUUUGCCCCUGGCGGAAUUGCUUUCAUUUAAAAUGAAUUCGAGGUAAAUGCAUCUAUACAUUUAUAAUUGACCCAAAUAGCGCUUUAAAUAUAUCGUUUAUUUAUGCUCUUUAUCAAUUUGAGUAGAGCACGGCUUAAAACUUUAAUGAGGGAUUGAAAAUAGAAUGACAAACCCUCUGAAAUAAUUUUGCAAUAGACUAGCUCAGACGAAACUUGAUCCGUACGCUCGCGGAUCCGAGUUAACAUCAAGAUCUCUUCAGACGUUAAUUUUACAAGUUCACACACACUUCGUUUUUAAACGUUUCAAAUUUUCCGAGUCUCCCUUUCAUCGACGGGGAAAAACUUCGAGAGUGAAGGCAUUCUCGCCAGGUAUCGCCGUUGCGUUUUGUUCUACUACAAUAUUUAUUCGUUACGCGUGAGCCACGUACGUAUUAGCAACUUUUUCAUUCGCGCGGCAAGAUAAAGUGAAGUGGGUAGACGGUAGCAUUUCGCUGAUCCAACAAAGAGAAGGGGCUCCUUCGAGUCGCGCCUCCGCGAAUCGAUGACGCUCCACUUCCGGGCACUGCAUUUAUUCUAGUCAUUACUAUCUGCAAUUGAAAUCGCAUACCGUCGGCGACGUUUUCCCCGGGAGCGAGCAGCGCUGCGCGCGCGAGAGAGAAUUUUUCCCUUAAUCCUUUACGCGCGCGGAAUAAUUUUUCUUUCCGCAGAGCUUUCGAACACCCGCUUCGUUAAACUUUCAUACCAAACGACGUAUUGUGUACGGAUCGCUCGCACCCCCUUCGCUCGUCUCCUCCCUUUUCCGAUAUUCUAGUAAACUCUUGUAAAAAAAAAAAAAAGGAAAGAGAAGACUCGUCGUACUUACUAUGAUAAUCGUAAUCGGUGUUGCGUUCGUUAGGUCAGGCGUUCUCAAACUUCGUUUGCGGCGACGUCAAAGCAAUUCCGCGUUGUCUGCAAAUUCCGUUGUCAGCGAAUCUGAUUUUACGUCGGACGUCGGCUAAUGUUACGUAAGAAACGUCGUAGUGGCAUCGGACGAUCGUAUAUUUUUCAUUUUUAUGCGUUUCAUCGAACGUUUUACGGCACUUCGACGUGUCGCGCGAAACGAUUUGAGGACCCUGCUACUUAGGUCACUUUGUUUUACUAGCUCCAACGUCUAUCUAACGUCAUUAUGUAACACGCAACGUGCACCGGUUGCACACUGCGCGUGCAUAAAUCGUAAUAUAAAAAGCGCGACGUAUUAUAGAGGUAGUAAAACUUCGUCCCUCUUUCGUGUUAUAGACUACCUUAGAUUUAGUCCGUAGGUCAGGGGUGCGCAAAAGAAAAUGUCCGAUUUAUUAUUUUAAAAUAAGAAAAAAAAAGAGAGAAAGGCAGCUCGCGAUGCUUUUCGACAUAUUGCGAAAUAUUAUUGCGCUACAGAUAAACGUCGCGAAAACAAAUGUCGAACGUCACACAUGACUUUCCGAAUUCAAUUAAUCUGGCUGCAGUUAAUCGAAUUUCCAAUGACUUAUUUGAAACAUUAAAAUCCCAUCUGCUUUUGUAGCGAACAUUUUUCAAUAAUACAUUAACAAAUUUACCGAUUUUUACAAUCGCAAACGCCUACGAACGGGUCAAUUGUAAUGAGAUUUUAAUAUUUCUUUGAAUCGGAUGCGCGCGACCUAUUUUGACAUUUGGGCUUGUGCAUUCCUGUCAACAGGUGGUAAUCAAAGCGCACAGCAAACGUUGAUAAUGAUUUUUUUAAUCGCACUUGUGAUGAUAACACGAUAUAAUUAGGAAGGUUUGGAGCAGCCCGGACAAAUCAAGCUGGAUAAAUUACACGAGAUUCUCAGAUUGUAAUAUUUCUUUACAAGAGAGAUUAUCGAUAUAAAAUUAUGUUGUGUUUCAAAAAUAGAACAAUGUUCAAUAUAGAUAUAGAUAAUUACUUCAAGAUUUAGAUCGAUUAUCUUACGAAUCAAGAAAAAUUAAUACAUGUCGUUAAAAUAAUCUAUAAGAUGAUGCUAAUUAAUUGGCUGUAAAAUCAUAACGUUUGUCGUGAAUUUUUUUCAAUUAUGUUGCAAAACGCAACGUAAUUCCUGUUGCUCCAAUACCUGGCAUAAUCAAUCGUAUGUUCGAUCAACGUACACGCGAAUGCUCGUUUCGCGAAUAAAUUACCUACCAUUUCAGAAACAAAUGUGUGCCCACGGACGAAGCGAUUUGUUCGCUUAAUCGCGAAAUCCCGUUUGGUUAUCACCGACACCCAGAGCGAAGCGCGUGAAGUCGACCUGCGUUAUUUCUGUGUAUUAUAAAGAGAUUUAUUGCGCCUCUAGUAAAAACUGAUCGUAAAUAAAAGUUACUUUAACCCAGC